AUGGUGACCAUGGAGAGCUUCUCGUUGUCUCUGGUGGCCGUGGGGUCGGCGGCCGCGCUGGUCUACCUGUGCGUGGCCGCGUGGGUGAGCUGGCCGCGCCGCGUCGGCGAGAUCUUCCGGCGGCAGGGGAUCGACGGGCCGCCGCCCUCGUCCUUCCUCAUGGGCAACCUCUCGGAGAUGCAGGCGCGGGUGCAGCAGCACGCCGUCGCGUCGGCGGCGGAGGACGGCGCCGGCGACCUCCACAAGGGCGACGGCUUCGACGACUACUGCAAGCGGAUCUUCCCCUACUUCGACAAGUGGAGGAAGGCGUACGGGGACACGUAUCUGUACUGGCUCCGGCAGCGGCCGGCGCUGUACGUGACGGACCCGGAGCUGAUCCGGGAGAUCGGCCGGUGUGUGUCGCUGGACAUGGGCAAGCCGACGUACCUGCAGAAGGGCCAGGAGCCCAUCUUCGGCGCCGGCGUCCUCAAGACCAACGGCGCCUGCUGGGCGCGCCAGCGCAAGGUCAUCGCGCCCGAGUUCUACAUGGCCAAGGUCAGGGGCAUGGUUGGGCUCAUGGUCGCCGCGGCGCAGCCGCUACUGCGUUCGUGGGAGGACUCCGUCGACGGUGCCAAGGGUGGCGUCGCGGCGGUGGACGUCGACGCCGACAUCCGGAGCUUCUCCUUCGACGUCAUCUCCCGGGCCUGUUUCGGAGACGACCACUCCAGGGGGAGGGAGAUCUUCCUCCGGCUCAGGGCGCUGUCCGGGUUCAUGUCCGAGCCCAGCGUCAUCUUCACCAUCCCGUCGCUGAGGUAUCUCCCGACGGCGAAGAACCGGAGGAUCUGGAGGCUCACGCAGGAGAUCCGAUCACUGAUCCUGGAGAUCGCGAGGGGGCGCCGGGCGGCCACGGGGGACUCGCCGGGGCCCGACUUCCUGGGGUCCAUCAUCGACAACAGCGGCGACCAGCCGCGGCCGGACGACUUCGUGGUGGACAACUGCAAGAACAUCUACUUCGCGGGGCACGAGACGACCGCGGUCACCGCCACCUGGUGCCUCAUGCUGCUCGCCGCCCAUCCGGAGUGGCAGGACCGCGCGCGCGCCGAGGUGCUCGACGUCUGCGGGGGCGCCACCGGCGCCGCGGACCCGGACUUCGACAUGAUCUCCAGGAUGAAGACGGUGGGCAUGGUUGUGCAGGAGACGCUGCGGCUGUUCCCGCCGUCGUCGUUCGUGGUGCGGGAGACGUUCGGCGACAUUCGGCUGGGCCAGCUGCUCGCGCCCAAGGGCACCUACCUCUUCGUGCCGGUAUCCACCAUGCACCACGACGCCGCUUCUUGGGGCCCGACGGUGCACCGGUUCGACCCGGACCGGUUCAAGAACGGGGUGGCGGCGGCGUGCAAGAACCCGCAGGCGGCGUUCAUGCCGUUCGGCCUCGGCGCGCGCACCUGCCUCGGCCAGAACCUCGCGAUCGUCGAGGUCAAGACGCUCCUCGCCGUCAUCCUCGCGCGGUUUGCCAUCGCGCUCUCGCCGGACUACAGGCACUCCCCGGCGUUCCGGCUAAUCAUCGAGCCGGAGUUCGGGCUGCGCCUCCACAUACGCCGUAUUGAUGUUUUAAAAUUGGAAGGGAGACAAUAG